CGCAAUCCCACACGUCGUCGUCGAAGGUAUUGCCGUGUCAGUGUGCGGUGGUGUAAUAAGAAAGCAAAGUCCCUUCUCGAAGUGUGCGUUUCGGUUAAAGGCCAAUCUCUUGAAUCCGCGUUUAGUAAACAAUCUCAACCUCUCUUCCCCGGCUAAGAAGAUCAACACACGUCCAUGGCGAUAAGGUCAGUAAAAGUUGGGAAUCUCUCCUCAAGAGCAACAGAGCAUGAUAUCAAAGAGUUUUUCUCUUUCUCUGGUGAAGUUGAAACCAUUGACAUCCAACCCAGUAACGAGCAUAGUGCUUUUGUGACAUUCAAAGAUCCUCAAGGAGCUGAGACCGCUGUGCUCUUAUCAGGUGCGAGUAUUGCCGACCAAUUAGUCAUCAUUGAGAUGGCUCCUGACUACACUCCACCUACUGCCCCUCAUGCUGAAACACAGAGCGGUGGUGUAGGAGGCGCUGCAGAAUCCGUUGUCCAGAAGGCAGAAGAUGUUGUGAGCAGCAUGUUAGCAAAGGGUUUCAUCCUAGGAAAAGACGCUGUCGGAAAAGCAAAAGCUUUUGAUGAGAAACUCGGCUUCACUUCAACCGCAACGGCAGGAGUUGCCUCUAUAGACCAAAAAAUCGGUCUAAGUCAAAAGUUCACAGCUGGCACAAGCUUGGUGAACGACAAGAUCAAAGAGGUGGACCAAAGCUUCCAGGUUUCAGAGAGGACCAAGUCUGCGUUUGCCUCUGCGGAACAGACUGUUAGCAGCGCGGGAACCGCGGUGAUGAAGAACCGUUAUGUGUUAACCGGUGUGAGCUGGGCCGCAGGAGCGUUCAAUAGAGUUGCUAAAGCGGCUGGAGAGGUUAGUCAGAAAACAAAAGAAAAGGUUGAAGCUGAGCAACCGCCGCCACAACCGUCAGAGUCGCAGCAGCAACCACCGGAAGGGUAUUCUCCCAUUCGUUAGUCCGAAUACUCCAAGAACUAAAUCUCAUUACACAGUAAAAAGGUUUCGUUUUUAAUACUUUUGUGGUUGGUUUCUUUGAUAUGAAGAAAAAGUGAACUUGGUUGUGUCUUUUGGUAUGUAACAUAAAAUGUAUGCUUGGAUCUUCUAAAUUAUUACUAACAUAAAAAGUUAAGCUAUGGAUGAAUUACAAUUUAUAUU